GCAGACUUACUUGAUUCACCUGCGAAGACUAGCAGAGGCCGUCGCCGCGGUCGAUCGAUCCACACAGUUGCAGAGCGACGAUAUCGUCAUAAUCUCAUGGAGCAAUUCCGGAAUCUUGCCAGCGCCAUCCCAUUCAUUUGCACUCAGCAGCCAAGCCGUGCUGGUCAGGAUCCUAAGCCUAGUAUGGCGGAGGUCCUAGUUGCUGCUUACGACCAUAUCAAGCAGCUUGAGGCUGAAGUUGCUCGGUUACGG